UCGGCCGGGGGCCCUCCUCCCGGCGACGAUGCUUCCUCCGUCUCCGUCUCCAAACCUAUGUACUACGGGACUGAAUCCCCGCCCCGGCCGCAGAUCCGCGUUCACGCGGGGAAGAGAGGCACACUUGGGUUGGGUGCUCCCGGUCAAAGAAAGAGACAACUCCGGCGAAUCUUUCUUCCCCUCUCGCGCUCACACUCGACCACAUCCAGUCCACACCUCGUCGCCGUCGCCGUCGCCGUCGGCACUUAUCAGGCCGCGAGUCUGCAACCACUCGAUUCAGAGAAUGAAAAGAAGAAUCUGCCCCCCUUCUUCAUUGUGCCUAUCUCUUCUUCCCCGCAAGCGCUGUAUCCUCCUUGCUUCCCGGUCACCGGCGGCGACGGAGUCCCUUGCAGACGGCGUUGAUACAGGCCAGUCUCUUUCUCCCCCUCUACGAUCCUCUCCGGCGACCUCUGCCUCACCGACUCCUUCCUCUGCACUAGGCUGUGAGAACCGCGCGUCAGUGUUAUCGGUGUCCCCGUAAGAUCCGCCCGGGCCAGCAAUGGCGGCAGCGGCAGCCGUCGUCGGGGGCAUGGUCGCCUCGGGCGUCAUCAAGGUGGUGAUAAAACAGAUCGGAUCCGCCAUCGGCGGCAAGAUCAAGCUGCACAAGAACCUGAAGAAAGAUCUGCAGAAGAUGAAGAUGACGCUGGAGUCGGUGGAGGCCGCGCUCAGCGACGCCGAGAGGCGCUCCAUCAACGACAGCUCGGCGCUGCUGUGGGUGAACCGGCUCAAGGCCGCCAUGUAUGACAUCUCCGACAUGCUCGACGAUUUCGAAUCUGACACACAGUCCCGGGUCGGAGCUAUGAGGAAGAAGAUCAGUAUGCCGGACAAGAUGAAAAAGAUGCAAAAGCGUCUACAGAAGAUAACAGAAGACCAUCAGAACUAUCGUCUUCUGCCAGAAACUCGCAGCAAUGAGCCACAACUUCCUGAUAUCCGGGAAAAUGCAGGGACUAUGGUGGAAGCAGAAAUCAUCGGGAGGGCCGAGGAAAAACUGGAAAUCUUGGCUCGAUUAUCUGGGAGCACCACUGAACAUACCACCUUUGUUCCCAUAUGGGGCUUGGGAGGAAUUGGAAAGUCCACCUUGGCAAGAUUGGUUUACAAUCAUCCUGAGUUUGAAAAACACUCUCGGGUAUGGGUCUAUGUUUCCCAGAUAUUUGACUUGAAAAAAAUUGGCAACACUAUAAUAUCACAACUAUCAAGACAACAGAGCCAGCAGAUACUUGAUCUGCACAGUAUUAACAUUCGCCUUCAAGAGCUACUUGCUGAGAAGAAGAAUGCUUUGAUCAUUCUGGAUGACCUGUGGGAGAAGCGUCCUUCUCAACUAGAAGAAUUAAAGUCUAUGCUGAAGCAGAGUAAGGGGUGCAAGGUGAUGGUUGUAGUUACCACACGUGAUGAAGGGAUUGCAAAUGAAAUCUCCACUGUGCAGCCUUACAAAUUACCUCAAUUGUCAGAUGAGAUGUGCUGGGAAAUAAUGAGCCAAAAGAGUAAAUUCGAAACAAGGGACGACAAAGAACGGUUGGAGCCGAUUGGAAGGGAUAUUGCAAAAAAGUGCAAAGGCGUAGCUUUAGCUGCUCAAUCACUUGGACACAUUUUGAGGUCCAAGUCGUAUGGAGAAUGGAAUUCGGUCAGAACCAAUCAUAUCUGGAAUCUAUCUACUUCUACAGAUGCAUCAUCUAGUCAUGAAGUGCUUGGAUCCUUGUUGUUAAGCUACAACUUGAUGCCUCCAUAUUUAAAGUCGUGCUUUGCUUAUUGUGCAAUCUUUCCAAAGGGCCACAUAAUGAUUAAAGAUGAGUUAAUUCAUCAAUGGAUUGCUCUUGGAUUCAUGGAGCCAUCUAGUAUAUUCUCUUAUUGGCAACUCGGUGAGAGUUACAUUAUGCAGCUUCUGGAGAUGUCAUUUCUUCAACAUUCAAAGGCUAUUGUUGAAUGGUACGACAUAGACAAUAUUGUCACACUGUUCACAAUGCAUGACCUCGUGUAUGACCUCGCAAGGUCAGUCAUGGCUGACGAAUUUAAUUUGGCGGGCCCCAACUGCCGCUAUGCAUGGAACAUAGAUUCCGCGAAGCCACUAAAGUCAUCGACGACUUCACCUGAAAAGAUAAGGACGCUAAAUAUUGUGGGCGAUGAAACCUCAUGGCCGUCAUGGUACAAGUUCCAUCGUGAUGCAAUUGCACCAGCAAAGUACGUUCGCGUCUUGCAUUCAUCAGUCAGUUCAAAUAGAUUGGUUGCUUCUAUUGGUCAACUGAAGCAGUUGAGGUAUCUUAGUGCUCCAAAUAUCCGUGGUCGAGUGGAUCUCGGGUGUAUCGGUAUGCUUCAAAAAUUGAAUUAUCUCAACCUUCAUAAUUGUCAGGAAUUGUCAGCAUUGCCAGAGUCAAUUAGUGAAAUGGAAGGUCUGAUGUAUCUUAACUUAUCAGAUUGUGAAAAUCUGAAAGAACUCCCAAAUUCGUUUGCGAAUCUCAAAGAGUUGGUAUAUCUGAACUUAUCAAACAGUGAUAAUGUUAUAGGAUUACCCGAAGCUUUGGCUAACCUUACCAAACUCCAACAAUUAGAAUUAACAGCAUGUGAAAAUCUCAGAGGGCGUCCAGAAGUCAUCACCAAUCUCACCGAACUCCGCAAUCUGAGGCUAUCAAGGUGCAUGCAUCAUAUAUUUGACAGCUCAUCAACAGUUCAAACCGAGAGUUUCAUUGACAGUAUCUGUAGGCUUCCCAAUAUGGAGCACCUGGACCUGUCUUUUAAUGGCCAUCCUCUUAUUAGUAUACCAGAAAGUGCUAGCUGCCUCCGGAAGCUGGUACUUCACGGGUGCCGCCAAGUUGCCAGGCUUCCAGAAUGUGUGGCUAAAAUGGACCGUCAAAGCCUUUUUGGCUUGUUGCCACUAUUUUCUGUAACUACCGAUGAUGGUAAAUGUUACAGCAACCUUGGCUUUCUUGAGCAUGUAAAUCCUCACAAGCUGAACAUCAAGAAACUUGAAAAUGUGAAGUCCCCAGAAGAGGCACGGAGUGUAAGACUGAUUGAAAAACAUAGGAUUGAAGAAAUGUCAUUAAUGUGGAACCCACAAGCUGAGAGAUCUGUGGAUGACAUGGAGUUGCUGAGGGAGCUAGUGCCACCAACCACUUUGCAAAAGUUUGAGAUAUAUGGUUAUAUUAGUGCCAGCUUUCCAGACUGGGUAAUGAGUAUUGGCAAUUAUCUCCCUAAUCUUGACCGAAUGGAGAUGUAUGGUUUGCCCAACUGCAAAAGCCUUCCACCUCUCGCCCAACUACCACCAAACCUCCGGGUGCUUACUCUGGAAGAAAUGGAAAGCCUGGAAGAAUGGAACACAACAUACUGUAGCGGUGAGGAUGGUGUGAAUGAGCUCAUGUUCUGUAAGCUUGAGCAAGUGAACAUACAUUUUUGCCCCAAGUUGAGGAUAACACCACACCUUCCUAGAGCUGCAUCUUGGAGUAUACGCGGAAGUGAUAAUGUGCUCAUAUCAUGGGCAGGGAGUGUGUCACACAAUGAUGCUUCCUCAUCUUUUUCAGGAGUAUCUACUACUCUGAUAGUUGGAAGAAGCAAGGUGCCUCUGCACCAGUGGAGAUUGCUUCACCAUAUACCUGCCCUCAUUGCUUUGCACAGCUAUAAUUGCUGGGAUUUGACAAGCUCGCCAGAGAUCACCUUUGCCCAUUCAAAACUGUCGGAAUGGGUAGGAGAGUUGGCAUCUGUUCAGCAACUGACGAUAAACCGAUGCAUGACGCUAGAGGAAUUGCCCGGUAACAUGAGGCAACUCAAACAGCUGCAAUCAUUAAAACUAAAUAUCUGUUGUAGCUUGAGACAGCUGCCGCUGUGGUUAGGAGAACUUACCUCUCUCAAGAAACUUAUAAUUUGUAGCUGUUUUGCUAUCACGAUCUGCCAGACAGCAUACAACAGCUCACAAACCUCCAAGAAUUAAACGUUAGCUACUGCGGUAACUUAGAGCAGUGGUGUGAAGCAGAGGAGAACAAGCCGAAGCUUGCUCACAUAGAACAAAAGAGGACCUAUUUCCCCCUGAGGACAGCUGCCAUUCCUGCCAGCCGCCGAUGGUCCCCACUACGGUGGCCCUUGCUGCGAACGAAAAUAAGAAAGUGAUGCUGGAGAAAAGAAAGCGGAGGCGCGAAUCAGGAGUUCAGGACUUAGGCUGCUCGAUCGAGUCGGUUGAGCCCACGUCCAUCUGAAUGAAAACUUCGUAGUAAUUACUACCAUGUGGUUCCAAUCUACUCCUGGCAUGCACUAAAUGUACACUCCCUGAAUUAUUGCAUGUUACCUUCGUCAGCAGAUAUUCGUCAAUAUUGUGCUACUUUGUUAUCUGCUUCCCUUGACAAAGAAAAUGUGGUCCACUCACUCGGAAAGAGUGCUUCUCCUUUGGUUUUCCUGACUAUGCAUGUUGGUAAUAGUCUGAACCCUUACACUGACAA